CACGCGUUCCCCGUCGAAUAAGCGAAUUCGUCGGGAGUCAUCGCCAUUUCCAAUCGGCCGCCGUCAUCAACACGCCACGGAAACCACAAAGGUUCUCGUAUAAAGAGCUGCCCCUUCCCACCUCCUUCUUCGCCCAGCAACACCCCCCCAAAACUUACUGACUCAAACGAGGCUUGCCGUCUCACAGCCCACCCCUUUCUUUUUUACACACACACAACUUCGAUACUGAGAGAAACACACAAAACACAAACGGCAUGGACCGUCAGUCGGCGUACUCCAACACCCCAACCGACGGCGGCGAACCCUCUGUGCCCCUGUCACGCGAGGAGGACACAGCCCGCCCAGCAGCCCGCCCCGCAACACCCACCCGUCCUCGCUCGCCCGCCAUGUACAGGUUCAGACCCUACGCCGGGUUGCGCCAGCGGAUGGUCGAUUUCGUGAUGGGCGCUAGGUGGGAGGCGGAGAGCAGUGCGCGUGCGGGUUCUGCAGAGGAGGACGGGGACGCGGGAAGGGAGGUGGAGAGGGAGGUUGUUGCUAGCGCGGCUGGGGUGGGGGUGCCGCCAACACCACCCUCCGAGCCCGUCGUCGCAGACGCAGACGGAGAACGCUUGGAAUCGUCCCAAGCACAGCAAUCUAGUGAAGAGUCUGAUCCGGCACGCACCACCAGGACUUCCACACCCUCCGACCCCCCCUUCCGCUUCUCCCUCUUCUUCAACGGCGACGGCGGCCGGAUCGUCUUCUUUGUACCCACUCGAUUCGAGGAGUCGUUAAGGAACGAUACCGCAGGAAAUGUCGAUGAAACAGAACAUCUAAAUCUCACUAACGCGGGUGAUGCUGGUGGCGCCGCUACCGCAAGGAAUAGGACGAGGAACGGGGGAAGGGUCGACAUGGAGUUGUUUCUACAAUCCUUGCAACAGAUAUUCGAACAAGCCUUGCUCCCCACCACCACCCCACACACCCAGGGCCACCCGCCCGCCGCCCCCUCCGUCAUCCACAGCCUCCCGCUCAUCACGCCCACACCCAAACGCUUGCAGAAACAUCCUGUUUGCAUCAUCUGCCAGGAAAACUUCUCCCUCCACUCAUCAUCGCAUGAGCAUCAGCAGCCGUUGCCCUCGCCGCCACCUUCCCCACCACCACCCCCCGUGGACGUCUCCCCUCCCUCGAAUCAAAAAUCCGACGCUGAUACCCGGAUCACACGUCUCCCCUGCUACCACUACUACCACCGUUCCUGCAUCACCCAAUGGCUCGAAACGAGCGGGACCUGCCCGACGUGCCGGUACGAGUUCAUGACGGAGAACGAGGAGUAUAACCAAGUAGUUGAGCGGCGCAUGAAGGGCUGGAGGGUGGGAGAGGGAGCGGAGACGGAUGAUGAGGGUGACGGGGUUGGGGGUGUGGAUUGAAUCACCGGUGGUCUGAGCCUUAGGGAGGGUAGAGCGGGAGUUGGCGUUUUUGGAGGAGCAUUGCAUUGGUAGUUUGUCAUUUGUCGCCUUUGCGGGUCAGUGUAUAUAGUGUUGGUCGUGCGUGAUCCUGCCAAUUUUUCUUUUGGUACUCGCGACAGGGUUCUCGGUAGCUUUUUUGUGCCCCCUCAUCGUCGCGCCUUCUAGCACAGCAUUCAGUCUCAUAGCAUUUUGGUUACCAUCAUUGGCAGAGGGAAUGAAAAUUUGGCGAAUAUACCCAUUACAACG